AUGGCUUGCUUCUUCUCCGGAAAGAUCAUGUCCAGUCUCGUUCCUCAUGGAUCUUUUCACGCUCUCUUCAGGCGUGGAUAUACGGCGGAAGCAAUGGCGGCGUCACAAAGAGUGGCGUCUACCUCGGCGGCGGAAGGAAUUCCGGCACGAAGUAACGGAAUGAUGAAGAAAGAAGAAUCUGAAACAAGUACGGAGAAGGCGGCAUGGGUCCCAGAUCCGGUCACUGGCUACUACCGGCCGGAGAACUACGCCGAUGUGAUCGACGCCGUGGAUCUUCGUGCUAAGCUAUUGAAGCCGAGAAGAAAUAUAAUUAAUUGA